UAACAUGGCUGUUGGGCGCUCUCGGUUCCACCGCCCCGGGCCUGCCCGCGCCUAGCAGCCACUUCGGGGCCUACGUCCGCCCCUCACCAAGGCCGCCCGGGAGAGCCGCCCGGGAGGCGGGGUCGGGGCCGCGGUGGGGACGCUCCGCUGCCUCUCAGCCCCGCCCGGUCGCGGGGGAGGCGAGCGAGCGCGGACCGGAAGUCGCGCCGGGUGGCGGAGCCGUUACCGCAGCGUGCCGGAAGUGGCCGUGGGCCGGCGUCCUGGCCGCGCCCGCAGUGAGCAGCGUCCCUCCGGCCGGCGACGCCAUGGAGCCCGGGGCGGCAGAGCUGUACGACCAGGCCCUGCUGGGCAUUCUGCAACACGUGGGCAACGUCCAGGACUUCCUGCGCGUGCUCUUCGGCUUCCUCUACCGCAAGACUGAUUUCUACCGCCUGCUGCGCCACCCGUCCGACCGAAUGGGCUUCCCGCCCGGUGCGGCGCAGGCCCUGGUGCUGCAGGUGUUCACAGCCUUCGAGCACAUGGCGCGCCAGGAUGACGAGAAGAGGAGGAAGGAACUGGAGGAGAAGGCCAGGAGGAAGGAGGUGGAGGAGGCCGUGGUGGCCGCAGCCGAGCGGGAGCCAGUGCCGGCCGCGGGACAGGAGGUGGAGGUCGGCCCCAGCGCAGACCCCGGGUCCCUGGGACCACCGGGCCCCCAGGAUGCCAAGGCGGCAGUGGCCCCCAGCUCGGUGGAAGCAGAGGCAGCGGGAGCAUGUGCCAGUGCCGCAGAAUCCGCGAAGGAGCCACCAGCGCUUCCUAAGAGGCAGGAGCAGUUCCAGAGAAACCCCGACAGCUACAACGGCGCUGUCCGUGAGAACUACACCUGGUCGCAGGACUACACCGACCUGGAGCUCAAGGUGCCGGUGCCCAAGCACGUGGUGAAGGGCAGGCAGGUCUCGGUGGCCCUGAGCAGCAGCUCCAUUCGGGUGGCUGUGCUGGAGGAGGGUGGGGAGCACGUCCUCAUGGAAGGGAAGUUCACCCACAAGGUCAACACCGAGAGUUCCCUCUGGAGCCUGGAGCCUGGGAAGUGUGUUCUGGUAAGUCUGAACAAGGUGGGCGAGUACUGGUGGAGCGCUGUCCUGGAGGGCGAGGAGCCCAUCGACAUCGACAAGAUCAACAAGGAGCGGUCCAUGGCCACGGUGGACGAGGAGGAGCACGCUGUGCUGGACAGGCUCACCUUCGACUACCACCAGAAGCUGCAGGGCAAGCCGCAGAGCCACGAGCUGAAAGUCCAUGAGAUGCUGAAGAAGGGGUGGGAUGCAGAAGGCUCCCCCUUCCGAGGCCAGCGGUUCGACCCAGCCAUGUUCAACAUCUCCCCGGGUGCCGUGCAGUUUUAGUGCCUGGAGGCGAGGAUACGCCUCGGCGCCCUCCUGCCAGGGACUUGCCAUCGGGUUUGCCCUUGGCAGCCUUUCUCUCAAGGGUGAACCCGCGGCACCCGGCCCUGGAUCUCCAGACUGUUCCAGAGCAGCGCGGGGCGAGCGGACCACUGGCCCCCCGCUCUCCUCUCGCUGCCGUGUGCGCUCUGCUUGCUUUCCCCGUGCUGGGGUGGGGGGCGCAGGCCGAGCCUUGACCUGCCCCUGGGCACACGUGUGCGGUCUCGCUUGGCCUUUGUGUGCGCCUGCUGCCUGCUCAGCCCCGUUGAGGAGCAGAGCGUGGGGCCCCAGUUGUCGUCUGGGGCCGUGGGGACGGAAGCCCCAGGUGCAGCAGGAGCUAUCCUCUGACAUCCUCCUGUGGGACCCAGUCCUUGUGAAAGAGCCAGCCGGGCACCCUCAGGAGACCACAGAGACCGCAGCACAGCAGCCCCUCCUCCUCCGCUGAGCUUGGGGCACUGCCGCCCUUGCUCUACCAGCCCCGUGACCAGCACCAUGGGCUCUGCUCUCAGAGCUGGGGAGAGGGACUCCUUCUGGGGGUGGUCCUUCUGGAGACCCCCCAUCCUUCACCUGAGUAGAUGGGAGCAUGUCAUAGUUAUGUGGGGGCCGAUUUCUGGCUCAGGGCGGCCAGAAGUGGGUGUGGAGCCCCCGAAUCUCCCCUGAUCGGUCCCUGCGAGGCAUCAGGUGGCUCUGGUGCCAUUGAGGGCAUCGCCAUGGGGGCCCUGAGGCUGGUCUGGGAGCUGCUGAGACUCCUCUUCAGGCCCCCUGGAUUUGCACACCUGUGUGUGGACAUGCACGUGUGAGAACUGUUGGUGAGGGUGUGACGAGGUGUCUUCUUGGGAGAUGGGGAGCCGUGAACUCCGUGGUCACUUGUCUUCCUUUGCCCGACUUUUUCAGUGUUGCGUUUCUGCCUGCCUCGCCUGUUGUGACCACAUCCCACCUCGUGUGGGAGCGGCCGAGGCGCCCGUGCAGCGGCUGAUGGUGGGCCACCCUGGCUUUUCCGCCUCGAGUCUCUCCCCCUCGCCACCGGCCUGGGCCCCGGGGUCAGUGCAGCCUGCGGGUUUUCUUUCUUUAGACGCGGCAGCCACAGACCAGCCCCUGAGAGCUCUGUCAGCUGAGGUCCGAGGAACGCUGGUGCCUGCCUCCAAAGUCCCCCUUCUUCAGUGUCGGUUUGCAAUAAAUCUGUAUUUAAACACUU